GCCAAGAUCCUCUGCAGUAGCAAUUGUAAAUGUGUUGGCUGCAAGAACUUUGAGGACAGCUCGGAGCGCAAGACAUUGAUGCAGUUGGCAGAUGCAGCUGAAGUGCGUGUGCAACAGCAGGCUGCUGCUCGCACCAAGAUGUCGGCCUGUGACCUGCCCAUCCGACCUGCUCCAGUGUCUGAGACGGGAGAAAGGCUGCCGUUUGCCUUCAUGACUCAGGACGUGGCGGAGGCCACGUGCCAGUGCCUACUUGCACGGGCUGAAGAGACCAAGCGUCUCAAGAAGUCCUUUGUCGAUAUGGAGCGCUCCGUGCUGGAGGAGUUUGGCCGCUGCCUGGAAUCUAUCAUUGACAGUGCACACCGAACCAAGGCAAAGCAGCCAACUGUCGACACUUCGGAGAAGAAAAGCGUACCUGCCACCCUCCCGCCAGAGCGUGCUGCAUCGCGCAGAAUUAAGACGGCCCGACGUAUGCUCAACCUCUAACCUGCCUUCUGUCAUCACCAGGGGGAAGUGGACUGGAGGACUCCUCGGGUGUCCUGAAGCUGCGUGGUGCGGUCCGUUAAGCGAAGGCGUCUCCUGGAAACGCGCUGUACGAUUGCCCCCCACCCCUCUUUCUUUUUUUGCCGUUUCCUGUUUUCCGCGAGUGCUGCUUGGCCAAGCAGAUGUGCAUAGCUAAUGCUGUUCGAUUGUCAGCAUGAAAUUUUUUUUAAUCUGGUGUAUUAAUUAUAACUGUUCAGAACACAUUGAAUGCUUGCUGCUUGAACAGUGCACUUGGUUGGAAGACAUUUGGCCUUGUUUAUUUUCUCCAUCACACAGAGUAUAAAUUGAGUGUUCCUGUUGGUGUGCUGUCUUACUAGUAA